AUAGCCAUUCCAGCUGCCCUUCAGGUUAAGCUUAGAGUUAAGUAGAACAGACACCAGUCCCCAGGCAGCCCCCAAGCUGCUUGGAACAUUGCACAAUUGGUUUUCUUUGAUCACUCUGGAUUGAGGGAGACAACUGGGGACUGAUCAAGACUGCACUGUCCCAGGCAGGCAGAGGGUAUAGGCAGAAGAAAAAAUCAAUCUGCUUUCUCAGAGGAACAACAGACAAUGGAUCCCAAAAGCCAGAAGGUGAAGCUUAAUGAUGGCCACUUCAUUCCUGUCCUUGGAUUUGGAACCUAUGCACCUCCAGAGGCUGCUAAGAGGGAAGCUCUGGAAAUCACCAAAUUCGCUAUAGAGGUUGGGUUCCGCCAUAUCGACUGUGCUCAUGUGUACCAAAAUGAAGAGCAAGUUGGCCAGGCCAUUCGAAGCAAGAUUGCAGAUGGCACUGUGAAGAGAGAAGACAUAUUCUACACCUCAAAGCUUUGGUUAACUUCCCUUCGACCAGAGUUGGUCCAACCAGCCUUGGAAAAAUCACUGAAAACUCUUCAACUGGACUAUGUUGAUCUCUAUAUUAUUCAUAUUCCAGUGGCUCUGAAGCCAGGGGAGGAAUUAUUUCCAAAAGAUGAAAAUGGAAAACUGAUAUUUGACUCAGUGGAUCUCUGUCUUACUUGGGAGGCCCUGGAGAAAUGCAAGGAUGCAGGGCUGGCCAAAUCCAUCGGGGUGUCCAACUUCAACCACAAGCAGCUGGAGAAGAUCCUGAACAAGCCGGGGCUCAAGUACAAGCCCGUCUGUAACCAGGUGGAAUGUCACCCUUAUCUCAAUCAGAGCAAACUGUUGGACUUCUGCAAGUCACAUGAUAUUGUUCUUGUUGCCUUUGGUGCUCUGGGAUCCCAACGAGUAAAAGAAUGGGUGAACCUGAACCACCCCAUUCUCUUGGAGGACCCAGUUCUCUCUGCCAUUGCCCAAAAGCACAAGCAAACCCCAGCUCUAGUUGCCCUUCGCUACCAAAUACAACGUGGGGUUGUGGUUCUGACCAAGAGUUUCAACAAGAAGCGGGUCAAAGAGAACAUGCAGGUGUUUGACUUUGAACUGAGUCCAGAAGAUAUGAAAGCAAUUGAUGGCCUCAACAGAAAUAGACGAUACUAUGAAUUUCUACCUGGUGUUGGUCACCCUGAGUAUCCAUUCUCUGAAGAAUAUUGACUGAAGUCUCACUGAGAUUCUUUGAGAAUUUCUUGCGUCUAGGGUGGUGAAGACUUUUGUACUUGGUGGAGGUACUUAAAUGAAGUGUCUGAACUUUUGAAAGCUUGCCUUUCUUUUUUGAAAAAUAAAAAGUUCAUGAAACAAUAAAGACUUCAAGUAAGAACUCUUGCUUCUGACCAUUAAAGUAAUACCUCCAAAUUAUACAAAAUUUGGAAAAUAGAAGGGACCA